AGUAUACACCGAUCAGCCAUAUCAUUAUGACCACCUGCCUAAUAUAAUGUGUAGGUCCCCCUUUUGCCACCAAAACAGCCCUGACCUGUCGAGGCAUGGACUCCACUAGACCUUUCUAUCAGAACCAGCAUUCACUUUUUCAGCAAUUUCAGCUACAGUACUAGCUCGUCUGUUGGAUCGGACUACACGGGCAUCAAUGAGCCUUGGCCGCCCAUGACCCUGUCACCAGUUCACCGCUUUUCCUUCUUGGACCACAUUUGAUACUGACCACUACAGACCAGGAACACCCCACAAGAGCUGUUUUGGAGAUGCUCUGACCCAUCUAGCCAUCACAAUUUGGCCCAUGUCAAAGUACAUUUUUCCUGCUUUUAACACAUCAACUUUGAGAACUAGUGUAGUUGAUGUGUUAGAAGCAGGAAAAAUGGUCAGGGCUGUUUUGGUGGCAAAAGGAGAACCUACGAAAUCAUAUACCACUUUUAAUCCAAAAUGUCCUCCAUCCAAUUUUUUGGCUGGGAGGUGCACUAUGACGAGGACAGUCACCUUCAGGCAGAUCAGGAAGCCACAUCUGGCAAACGCUAUACCAUGUAUCAUGGCACCAAAGUCCGAACAGCUCAGUUGAUCAUACAAAAUGGCUUCACGCAAUCACCAGAUGGAAUGCUGGGACCUGGAGUUUACGUGAGCCGCGAUCAAAAGAAAGCAGAACGCUAUCCUCUGAACUCCCCACCUACUGACAGAGUAGUGCUUAAAUUAAGUGUAGACUGCGGAAAAAUUAAACGAAUCGAUAAGGACAACCAUCCACUACAGAAGACCUGGCAUAACGCUGGCUACGACACCGCUUGGGUCCCACCUAAAUGCGGCAUGAAAGCUGUGCCAAGUGGUCUAGAAGAGGACUGUGUUUGGGACCCAAAGCGAAUUGAGGUCGUAGAUAUUGCUUUAGCACCAAACACAGCCAUCCUAAAUAAUCUCAAGCAGCUCAUUACUUCAAACCCAAAAAGUUUCUUGAAAUCUGCAAACUCGGGUGCUUGUCAAUAUUGUAAUGGUAAACCUGGACCGGCACAUUCUGUACAGGCCUGCUGGGGGUGUGGAGAUACUAUCUGCACUCUUAUGACCAAACACAGGUGUAAUACCUGGGGCUUUAUGUAAAUAUAAAUAAUGUAUAUGUCAAUGCUUAAUUCAUGAAGUUUAUUUGAACUGAAAAGUGCUUAAUCAAUAUAAGUUUACAUUGUUCUUUCUUCAAACCUCUCAGGAAAGUGAAACAUCUAUAUGCCACAUUUUUAUCAAUUACUUUUACUUUCUUUGAUUUGUUUGCCAAGCCUAUUAGAAUGUGAAAAUGUAAACAUGUUAAAACUUAAAUCAGGCAAAACAUUUUCAUAAUCAUGUUUUUCCUGCUUCUAUUCUCAGGUUAGACAAUUUCAACACUUUCUUUCAAUCAUUUAAGAUUUUAAAAUGUAGUACUGUAAAUCUUGGUGGUUUAUGCAGUAUAAGUCAAUAUUUGAUAUUAAAGACCAAAGAGUUUCCAAAUGAUGUUAAUUUGGAUAAAGCUGACCCCCUGGUGUGUUAUACUUUGGGAUUAAACUUUUAUGACUCUCA